GCUAAAAUUACUAAUAUUAUGAAUAAUAUUAUUUGGUGUGCUAAGGCUGCUUUGGCAUUAAUCAUUGAGAUUUAUACUAGCGAAGUUGGAUGCCUUCUCUGUAGUAGUGUCGACUUGGGUGUCCUGGGGCAAAAAAUAG